AUGUCCAAUAACAGUACUACGACCCAUGCUACGGCGUCCGCGGGAACCGACGCGCUCCGCAACCCUAGUCCAGUGGUGCGGGCGAAUAGUAUGCGAGCUGGACUACUCAAUCGUGGAAGGACUUUGGGUAUUGGAUGCUGGAAUGUACGAACGUUCCUGGACCCUGGUACCCAAAGUCUGACCGCACGCAGCCCUCAUCAGUACAACGUGGAUGUCUGCUGUCUGUCUGAGGUACGACUCCCUGACUCGGGCUCUCGUGAAAUAAAGAUCCCGGCAGUCGAAUCCCACUUCACCCUGUACCACAGCGGCCCCCGCGAUUCCUCUGGUCGACACGGUGUGGCGAUCGCCUUAUCACAACAAGCGGAGCUUACGCUACUUGCUUGGGAACCAGUAAAUGACCGGAUGGCCUACGUGCGACUGAAGGGUCACUUCACGAACAUCUCCAUCGUCGCUGUGUACGCACCAACUUCGGCUGCCGAACAGCGCGAUAAAGAGGCGUUUUACUCUCAGUUGCAAGCGCUAGUUGAAAGACUGCCUCGCCGCGAUCUGCUGAUUGUUGCUGGCGAUUGGAAUGGUCGAACUGGACCUGGCGACCCCACAACCAGUCUUCUUCUUGGCCGCUUUGGGCUUGGUUCUCGAUGUGAAAAUGGUGAGAGAUUGCUGAACUUCGCUGAUCGAAACCGACUGCUUGUCACCAACACAUGCUUCCAGCAUCGCAAAAAACAUCUGCUGACCUGGUAUUCAAACGACGGUCGUACGGCCAGUCAAACUGACUACAUACUAGUCAGCUCAAGGUUCCGCAGCUGGGUUCACGAUAGCAGAUCGAUGCGUGGUGCCGAGACUGGUAACGCCCAUGGGUCGGACCAUGUCCUCGUCCGUACACGCCUGAAAGUUCACCUCUCAUCCGCACCAAAAAUGCCACGUCCUAGACGCCUCAAUGUCUCAAAAAUCCGGCAAGCCAGCACUGCCGAGGCCCUAAGCAGAGAAAUCCGGACCUGUUUUACGGCCCGAGUCGACGGAGAAGUCAGUAACCAGUGGUCGUCACUGAAGACAUCAGUCUAUGGGGCAGCUGAGAAAAUCCUUGGAUACACCCAGCGACGCCGCAGUGACUGGAUCAGCGGAAGAACCCUGGAGUUGUCUGCUCAGACGGCUAGAGCCAGGUCCCGCAACGAUGACUACUUCCGCCAACUUCGGAAGAUGACGGCAAAAUCGGCCAGGGAUGACCGGAAACAAUAUUGGGCUGAAAUAGCGACAUCCAUGGAACAGGCCUCGAACGUUGGUGACACUCGAAAGCUCUACCGUCUGAUCCGCCAAGUUAGCGAUAAGCCCUCUACACUGAGUGACUCUGUUCGCGAUGUGAACGGCGGCUUUAUUGCUGACAACUCGGCCAAAGUCGAGCGCUGGCGUGAGCACUUUGAGCACCAUCUCAACUUCGAUACCCAACCCACCACGCCCUUGCUAUCCUCUGCAGCGCAGUUUCUUCCCUCACCUACCUAUGCAGUGCCAUGCGAUCCCCCCUCCGAGGAAGAAGUCGCCGAUGCCAUACGAAAGUUGCGCAACAAUAAGGCACCCGGAGAGGACGGUAUAACCGCUGAAAUCUUUAAGUCUUGUGUUGACACUCUGGCGCCCUGUCUCCAUGAGGUGAUUGAACGAGAGUGGAGAGACGAGGUUGUUCCUGAUGACUGUGGCUUAGGCAUCCUUGUACCUAUUCACAAGAAGGGAGAUAAGACGAGAUGCGAGAACUACCGCGGCAUAAGUCUCAUCGAUGUUGCUGCGAAGAUCUUCGCUAUUGUCCUACUCAGACGAUUCCAGGCUGUGCGUGACUCAAGGACGAAGCCCAACCAAGCCGGAUUUCGUGCUGGACGUGGAUGCGCAGAUCAGAUAUUUCCCACUGAGGAGCAUUCUCGAAUUUCGCCAUAG